AUGAAUAAAUUGUUUGCUAUUACUUUAGUAGUACUUUGUUUCGUAUCUCAUAUUUAUGCUUAAGCUGUUCCUGGUAGGGGUGUUUAUUGCUCAAGUAACGGAAAAGAUUGCACUGGAUGCGGUGCUGGUGCUACUGAUGUUAGUGGUGCUUAGGCUUUAUUCACUUAUGAUUCAUCAAAUAGUUGCAAAUUUACUGAUUGCUCAGCAGCUGUUGCUGCAACAUAAUUAAAUGGUUGGAUUUGUAAUUCUUGUAGUGGAGUUAUUGGUAGUAAAUUAGCUGCAGGAAGUUUUUUAUUAGGUUCUAAUUGCGCUAAUAGUUGCAAAGCACCUGCUACUAUCAAUGCCUAAUAAAUUUGUUAGACACCUGGUAAUAAUGUUGCUUGCUCAACUAACGGAACUGAUUGUACAGGAUGUGGAGCUAAUGCUACAAUUUAAGGAUUAUUUACUUAUGUUUCAGGUAAUAACUGCAAAAUUACUGACUGUUCUUCACCUACCACCUCUAAUGCUGCUAAUUUGAAUGGCUGGGUAUGUAAUUCUUGCAAUGGUUAGGCAGGUUCCGCUGUUCCUGCUGGUUUAUAAUUAUCUGGAUCAACCUGUGCUACUUCUUGCCCUUCUGGCCAAACUGCUUCUGCCUCAAACUCAUUUACUUGCACUGCUGCUGUUAAAAUUGCAUUUACAAUCUUAUUUGCUAUUUUUGGAUUAUUAAUCUGA